AUGAAGAAAGUGAGAAGCACCAUAUCAAGUGGGUGUUUGGGGUUCUACGUAACAUCAAGAGGGGAAGAAGAUGGUGUGAAUGAUUCUCCUUUAGCUGGUCUUGAUGGCAUCUUGCUUGAGAAUAUGAGGCGUGAAAAUUUUGAGCUUUCUAUAUCCCCUUCAAGAGUUAUGUACAAGAUUGAGAAAGGUGUGAAGCUAAAGCCAAUUGAAGAGGUAACCAUUGAGGUGAAUGAAGAGCAUGUGGGAAUGGUGAUGGAAACGCUUUCUCAUAGGCGAGCUGAGGUUACUAACAUGAGCCCUGUUGCUGGAUACUUUGGCAGGACUAGAAUGACAUUAACUUGUCCUUCAAGGGGACUGGUUGGUUACUGA